CUAUAACAUCAAGUGAGUGUACUGCAUCUCGCUUGCCGUCUUCGAAAUAGGGUCCAUCAUCGCGGCCGUCGCCCCAAAUUCCGUGACACUCAUCAUAGGGCGAGCACUCUCUGGUCUCGGUGCUGCGGGCCUGCAAUGCUGUCGCCUAUUGUGUUGGGCAUGUACAACAUUGGAUCGGCCGUCGGACCACUCGUGGGUGGUUCGAUAACCGACAACAAGAAGCUGACCUGGCGGUUUAUUUUCUGGAUCAAUCUCCCUUUUGGAGCUGUUGGGCUGGUAUUGGUCUGGUUCACCUUGAGGAAACCUCCACCUGCGGUAAAGGGGCACCUGCCCUGGAAGCAGAAGCUACGUCAACUUGACCUUCUGGGGGCGACUCUGCUACUCGGUGCGACAUCCUGUUUGAAUUUGGCAUUGCAGUGGGGUGGCAUCAGCUAUCCAUGGUCUGAUUCCAAGGUGUUCGGGUGCCUGAUCGGAUUCGGGCUACUCCUGAUUACCUUCUUGUACUUGCAAUUCCAGGGCAAAGAAAACUCGAACAUCCCUCUCCACAUCUUCCGAAGUCGUACCUUUUCGACAUCAUGCGGCUUCAUGAUGCUCGUUCAGGUGGCCAUAGUAGUGCAAUCGUACUUUUGGCCCAUAUACUUCCAGUCAGUCAAGGGCACUAAUGCUAGAGACUCGGGGAUCAAUCUCCUCCCCUUGAUUGUGUCGAACAGCCUUGGUACCCUCUGCGCAGGCUCUAUAGCAUCAAGAUUCGGACACUAUGUACCGUUCAUGUGGGUUGGACCUCUCAUUCUGGCUGCCGGAGGAGGUCUCUAUCAACUUGUGCGCCCAGACAGCCCGCGCGGACAUUGGAUCGGUUUCCAAAUCCUGUCUGGGCUGGGCUACGGCAGCUGUAGCCAAAUGCCGAUUCUGGCGGUGCAGGUUGUGCUCAACAAGUCAGAUAUACCGACAGGGCUCGUCAUGAUUAUGUUUUUCCAGAUGCUCGGGGGCGCGCUGGCUCCCAGUGUUGGGCAAAACCUCUUCACGGACGGCCUUGUGCAGAACCUCAGCGAGGUGCGGGGGAUAGAUGGCGCGGCCGUGGUGGCGGCCGGUGCGAGCGGUUUCAGAGCGAUCGUUCCUCCCGAGCUGAUGAACGCCGCCGUGGGUGCAUUUAAUGCGGCAUUGAAGAAUGUUUUCUGGGUGGCGCUUGCAACUCCAGCCCUUGCGUGCAUCACGAGCUGGGCAAUGGAGUGGAAGCAACUGCCUGACACAGGAAAAGACAAGGUGGAUCAAGUGCCAGUCGAGGAAUCCGAGGAGGGCGAAAAGGUCGGGGCAGAACUAGCUUGAUACCAACGAAGAGUGAUCCGAGGGUUCAAUGGAGUAUGCCAUUAGCCUGACUUUGACAGUGCAUAUGCGUAUCCCGUCCGAGUAGAGUGUGAUACCAAGCCAUGCUUUUUCAGGUGGCGAUCUGUUGGGGAAGAAUGCUCGGAGCGCCUCAAAACCAGGACCCAAUCUACUGUAUAGCGAACUCGCGAGAGAUGCUGGGGCAGUUUUGCGUGGAGGCGUGUGCCCCCGUAAAGCUUGCAAUUCGAUUAACAAAGCUCACCACAUUUACUCAAAAUGCUGGAGCAAGCUCAAUGGAGCAGUAGAG